AUGCCCACCGUGGAUGACAUUCUGGAGCAGGUUGGGGAGUUUGGCUGGUUCCAGAAGCAAGCCUUUCUGGUCCUGUGCCUGAUCUCAACUGUCUUAGCCCCCAUCUACCUGGGCAUCGUCUUUCUGGGUUUCACCCCCGACCACCGUUGCCAGAGCCCUGGGGUGGCCGAGCUGAGCCAGCGAUGCGGUUGGAGCCUAGCAGAGGAGCUGAACUAUACUGUGCCGGGCCUGGGGGCUGCGGAUGAAGCCUUUCUCCGCCAGUGCAUGCAGUACGAGGUGGACUGGAACCAGAGCACCCUCGACUGUGUGGACCCACUGGCCAGCCUGGCUGCCAACAGGAGUCACCUGCCUCUGGGGCCCUGUCAGCAUGGCUGGGUGUAUGACACGCCUGGCUCUUCCAUCGUCACUGAGUUUAACCUGGUGUGUGCGGACGCCUGGAAGGUGGACCUCUUUCAGUCCUGUGUUAACUUGGGCUUCUUCCUUGGAUCUCUGGGCAUUGGCUACAUCGCUGACAGGUUCGGCCGCAAGCUGUGUCUGCUGGCGACCUCCCUGGUCUCUGCCGUGUCCGGCGUGCUGACGGCUGUGGCCCCAGACUACACAUCCAUGUUGCUCUUCCGCUUGCUGCAGGGGCUGGUCAGCAAGGGUAGCUGGAUGGCCGGCUACACCCUGAUCACAGAGUUCGUGGGCUCGGGCUACAGAAGAACGGUAGCAAUCCUGUACCAGGUGGCCUUCACGGUGGGGCUGGUGGUACUCGUUGGGGUGGCCUAUGCCAUUCCACACUGGCGUUGGCUCCAGCUGGCUGUAUCCCUGCCCAUCUUCCUCUUCCCGCUCUACUACUGGUGUGUACCUGAGUCUCCCCGAUGGCUCUUGUCACAGAAGAGGAACAUUCAGGCAAUAAAGAUAAUGGACCACAUUGCCCAGAAGAAUGGGAAGGUGCCUCCUGCUGAUUUAAAGAUGCUCUCUAUUGAGGAGGAUGUCAUGGAAAAGCUGACCCCUUCCUUGGUAGACCUGUUCCGCACCAGGAAGCUGAGAAAGCACACCUGCAUCUUGAUGUACCUGUGGUUUGCCUGUGCUGUGCUCUACCAGGGCCUUGUCUUGCAAUUGGGGGCCACUGCCGGGAACCUCUACCUGGAUUUUUUCUACUCGGCCCUGGUUGAAUUCCCUGCAGCCUUCCUCAUCCUGCUCACCAUUGACCGUGUCGGCCGCAUCUACCCGAUGGCCGUGUCAAAUAUGGUGGCCGGGGCAGCCUGCCUCGUCAUGGUUUUUGUCUCGAGUGAGCUGCACUGGCUGAAUGUCUUACUCGGCUGCAUUGGCCGCAUGGGAACCACCGUCGUGUUUCAAAUGAUCUGCCUGGUGAAUGCUGAGCUGUACCCCACAUUCAUCAGGAACCUUGGAGUGAUGGUGUGCUCUGCCCUGUGUGACCUGGGUGGAAUCUUCACCCCCUUCCUGGUCUUCAGGCUGAUGGAGGUCUGGGAGGCCCUGCCUCUGGUUCUGUUUGGUGUGUUGGGCCUGACUGCUGGGGGAAUGACAUUGCUGCUUCCUGAGACCAAGGGGAUGGCUUUGCCUGAGACCAUUGAAGAUGCUGAGAACCUCUGGAGAAAAGCAAAGACCAACAAGAACGAGACUUACCAUCAGGUGCAAACAUCCCAACACACAGCCAGCUGA